AUGCAAUCCCGUUUCAUUAUUGUCGCCAUGUUGUUGGUAGCUUUGGCUGCCUUCGCAUUGGCUCAAGAAUACACUCCACUUUCUGAAGCUGAAAUGAAGAAGCUCUUUGUUAAAUUCUCCAAGAAGCACGCCAAGCUCUAUGGUGCUGAAGACCACGGUAAGAGAUAUCAAAUCUUCAAGUCCAACGUUGAAAAGGCUAGAUACUACAAUCAUGUUGGUAAGAGAGAAACCUUCGGUGUUUCCAAGUUCAUGGAUUUGACCCCAGAAGAAUUCAAGAGAAUGUUCUUGAUGAAGACUUACACUCCAGAAGAAGCCAGAAAGAUUUUGGCUGCUCCAAAGGAAGCUGUCGUUACUGCUCAACAAGUUAAGGACACUCCAACCUCAUGGGAUUGGAGACAAAAGGGUGCUGUCACUCCAGUUAAGAAUCAAGGUGCAUGCGGAUCUUGUUGGACUUUCAGUACUACUGGUAACGUUGAAGGUAUUCACCAAAUCAAGACUGGUAAAUUGGUUUCCCUCUCUGAACAACAAUUGGUUGACUGUGAUCAUAACUGUGUUACUUAUCAAGGACAACAAGCUUGUGAUGCUGGUUGUAACGGUGGUUUGAUGUGGUCUGCAUUCCAAUAUGUCAUUAAGACUGGCGGUUUGGUCACUGAAGAUUCUUAUCCAUACGAAGGUGUUGAUGAUACUUGUAGAUUCAACAAGUCUAAUGUUGCUGUUACCAUCAACUCAUGGACCUCAAUUCCAUCUGAUGAAGGUAAGAUGGCUGCUUGGUUGGCUGCUAACGGUCCAAUCUCUAUUGCUAUCAAUGCUGAAUGGCUCCAAACUUAUACCUCUGGUAUUUCUAACCCAUGGUUCUGUAAUCCACAAGAUUUGGAUCACGGUGUUUUGAUUGUUGGUUUCGGUACUGGAUCCAACUGGUUGGGUGAAAAGGAAGACUAUUGGAUUAUCAAGAACAGUUGGGGAGCUGACUGGGGUGAAUCUGGUUAUUUCCGUAUUGUUAGAGGAAAGGGCAAGUGUGGUUUGAACUCUGUUCCAUCCAGCUCUUUGAUCUAAAUUGAUUAAAUGAAUUUUUUAAUUAAU